AGCGUUCUCUUGUGGGUCUAUCUGUCCUCCGACGACAAUUAUUGUCCUUCGAGCGGACGAACUUGGCAGGACCUGUCUUUUCCUGCUCCGAAUAUUGUUCUGGGAGCGCGAUUUGGAACAUCCUGAUCACAAUCUUGAGGCUCAACCUCAUCCUCGUGCUCGUCAUUAUGCGGAAGCGCUCCUCAGUCACGAUUGAGCUUCGGAUGCAAGCUUUGGCUCAAGAGAGGAAGCAUAAGAUCGAAAGAGCCAGAAUGGUCAUCCUCCAGUUCUUGAUCGGACUCACGGCCGUCGUUGGUGUGUUCAUUCUCGUUGCCACCGAUGUCUUGGCCAAGGAGUCCGUUAUCGAGGAGAUUCAUGCCACUCAGUUGGAAAAGUUGUUGCAAAAGAAGGACUUUGUGGCCGUAUUCUGGUAUGCCCGACAUUGUCGGUUGUGUGAUGAUGCGCUCGAAGACUUAGAAGGCAUCGACGAUGAUGCCGAGAAGUUUAGUGUGGACUUUGUCAAGGUCAAUGACAAACGACUGGCCAAAUCCUAUGGUGUGCGCCGCUUUCCAGCCUUGACCUUCUUCCGAAAUGGGGAAAUCACCAUUUUCGAAGGUGACGUCACGGAUGAGGAUGAGGUGUUGGAUUUCUUGACCAGCGAAAAUCUCCUCGUUAUUCCGGACAAGAUUGAGGAGGUGAAUGCCGACGCUCUAGCUAGCAUCAUUCGGGACCAGAAGUACGUUUCAGCAUUAUUCUAUGACGAUUCUCGUAAAACCGAUGAGAUCCUAGAGGAGCUUGAGAACAUUGACGAUGAAGCCGAUGUAUUCAAGAUUCGUUUCGUCAAAAUCAAAGACCGAGAACUGGCUGAGGAGUUCUCCUUGAAAGAUCUCCCGUCCUUGGUGUAUUUUCGAAAUUCUAUCCCGGUGGUUUAUCACGGCGAUCUCACUGACGAAACCGAGGUUCUGGAAUGGCUCAUUCAACAUCAAACCUCGGUAUGGGAAAAGGAUGUGGUCGAGUCCGUGACCGAUCAAGAAUUGGACAUUAUGAUCAAAAACGUGGAUCAUCUCUUAGUUCUGUUCCACGACAAGAAGAAGACCUCUCAACAAGCCUUGGAGGCUUUAGAAAACAUUGACGACGAUGCCGAUCGGCUUGGCGUUAGCUUUGUCGAGGUCAGCGACGUGAACGUGGGUCGACAUCAUGGCGUGUAUUCCUAUCCGACUUUGGUGUAUUUUGAGAACGAGAUCCCCGCCGUUUACGAUAAGACGCUCACUGAUCACGAUCAGGCCUUGAACUGGCUCGUUCAACGUGUGGAAGGAGCAGACAUUGAGCGAGUCAAGGCCGAGAUGCUCGAGAAGAUCAUCACCAAAGAGGAUCAGGUGGCUGUUCUCUUCUAUAAGGAUCAAGACCAAGAGUCCAAUGAAAUACUCGAAGCUUUAGAGGACAUCGAUGAUGAUCUGGAUGAGAAAAACAUACGUUUCGUCAAAAACUGCGAAGCUCAGGUGGCCGAGGACUAUGGAAUUGAACUAGUUCCAUCUUUGGUUGUUUUCCGGAGAGGGAUUCCCAGCAUGUUUGAGGGAGAUCUCUUGGAAGAGGACGAUGUUUUGACGUGGGUCAUGGACGAGAUCUCUGGCGAUAACCGCGUGGAAGUUGUCACAGAUGCAAUGUUGGACAAAUUGAUCAAGAAACGAAAGCAUGUGGCAGUGUUCUUCUACGACAAGAAAUCAUCAAACUCCCAAAUGGCCUUGCAGGCACUCGAACAAAUUGAUGACGAUAUCAAGAACCAUCCCGACAUGCACAUGGUCAAAUUGGAUGACACGGAUGAGGCGUUGGAGUAUGGCCUAACUGAUCUACCGACUUUGCUCUUCUUCGAUGAGGGUGUGCCGGGUAUUUUCCGAGGUGAUAUCAGAGAGUCAUCGGCCAUUUUGGACUGGCUCAACCACGCUGUCUUGGAGGAUAACAUUGGUGAAGUCAAUUCUGUCAUGUUAGAAAAGUUGAUUCACGAUAUGAACCAAAUUCUGGUCUACGUCUACUUCGCUGCCGACGCUCAUGACCUAAAACUAUUGAAAGAUCUUGAAAACAUUGACCAUGACCUGGAAAGCUUUGAUGUCCACUUAGUCAGACUACCCGACGAUGGAUCAUUUGCCCACGCCUACCAGGUCGACGUGAUUCCCACUCUUGUCCUCUUCCGAGAAGGCAGCCCAACCGUAUUCCAAGGCGAUUUGGGAACAGAGCACAAAGUGGUGGAAUGGAUCGAAAAAAUUAUGACUUAAAUCUGGUCCGCUUGAACGUAUCACAAAUACGUUGCUCGAUUUGUCUGAAACAGAUUUACAAAAGACCGACUCAAUGUUACCACGUCAGAUACUAUGCCACCAUCUAAUAGUGCUGUGAUUGCCAUUUUUUCAAUGAAUGAUGCGGAAUUUUC